AUGACUGCGUUGCAACAGCAAUUCUUGACGACCCCUUCGUCAGCCUUUGAGGGGACUGAAGCCGCAGCAGUGCAGGAGCAUGCCGUUGAACGUUUAGCUCAGACUCUCAAGAAUUCAUCUGCAAGCGAGGAAGUUGCAAUGUCAACUAUUUAUGCGCUACUCAAUACCCUUUAUAGCCAUAACACUAAAGAUAAACUUCCUAUGCAUGCUCAAUCAGUCGCCAUUCAGGAUAAUGUGGUGGCUUCCAUUGCUAGAAUUGCAAGCAUUUAUCAAAGCGAAAAGGUCACACCUUUAGUUCUGUCAAUGUUGGCACAGCAGAUCCGCAACCACAGCUCCCAGUUAGACUGCGUUAUUGUGAGACGAUUAACCGAUAUUGCUUUGACAGGAUCUUUGACAUCUUUUAACGAUAUCACCCAGGUCCUUGCAAAUCUUGCAAAGCAAUCCAUUUCUACUGAUCAGAAGGCCAUCUCGGAGGAACUAGCAGAAGCAGUUACUGCCUCGUUGAUGCGCCUCGCAAAAGAUAUCCACUCGCGGCCUGAUUUAUAUCACGCAUACAUGGUUACGCUGCUCAAAUUGUUUUCAGAAAAAGGCCUUCAAAUCCAGUCACAUCACCAUUCCACUAAACGUAGCCACGGCAAGUACACUUCGCUUGCAGCCAUUCUUGGAGGACUUUUGCCUAUCUUGGCAAGCCUUCUCUCCCAUAAAGACCUGGAACCUCAUCUGAACCCAACUAAAGAGGACGUCAAACUCUUCCGCGAUGUUUGGUUCCACUGCAUCCUCUUUGAUUUUGUCAAAGAUUCGGCUUCGCCCUGGAAUGAUGCCUUGUACGUUAUUGCCCAGAAGACCCCCGCUCUGGUCUCGAAUGACCACGGAAGUGCCUACCUUGAGGGAGACCUUGAGUAUAACUCGGUUUUGCCUCGCGGGGUCGUGGAUGACCAAAAGGCUGCAAUGCGAGCUACAUUGACAAGCUAUUUGCCUGCACAAGCGGUCGUGAUCAAAACUCUAAGCUCCGCUAAAGUUGUGUUCUUGUUAUCAGUGUAUCACUUGGAGACCAUGCGUAGCCGACAAGGAAACUGCUCACACAUCCUCCAUUACUUUGCUAAUACUGGGGUGAAUGACGGAGGAGUGACAGCCUGCUUGGAAUCCAUUGCGGACCAGGUCAUCAACGUAUUCAUUUCCGAAACCCAGACUACGGUUCUAACGCACAGACUGGAUGAGAAAGUACGGGACCAGAUCCGCAACUUGAUCGUCGGAUGCGCCCAUCGUCUGAAGAGAGUGAGUGGUCUGGCUACUAAAUGGAUCCAUCGUAUAAUUUCAGCUUUUCCACAACUCAUGUGUGACAAGACUUUGUUAACACUGGUUCUUGAAGUGAGCGAGCUGCUUUGGCUCAGUUGUGAGAACGAGUUGACGGAUGAGUAUUGUCCUGUAUAUAGCUUCACGUCGUCCAUGGUUGAUGUCACAAUCAACCUACCAGAUUCGUACCCCUAUCGUCGUGAGCUGUUAACAAAGUUCGUGGAGUUAACUCGUAAAUGGAUCGCUGCAGCCAUGGCCAACUCACCGCAGGAGGUCGACGCUUUGCUACAGGACUACCUUGCAGACUCUGAAAAGAUCCAUACUGGCAUCAGCCGUGUUCAUAUGGGCCGCACUCUGGCUGCUCGUUCUGGCAAAGACUUGAUCAAGGAUCAAAAUUGCUUUGAAACUUUGUCUAACAUUCCUGGAGUGCUACUUGAUAAUUCUUCAGUGUUCUUCCAGGAGUUCUCGGCUCGUCGUCGUUACCAGGGUGAGAUCGGAGGUAUGGAGAACUUCUCGCGCGAUACUUCUCUUCAGCCUGGCCCAAUUCUUCAGAAUCAGGUGCAUAGACUUCGUGAAAACCUUCAGACGAUGGCGCAUCAGGCCAAGAAUGACCAAUUUGUUUCGAACAAGGACUUGGCGAAUGCGUUGCACCGCGCUGUAAGUGCAAUUGUGGCGCUGAACAAAGGCGAAGAGGAUCUGGUAAAGAUGGUUGCUUGGAUCCCUAUUUACCUAUUCACACCCGACAGUCUCAAAAUUGGUACAUCAGUCUGGAACUGGCUCAUCACAGAGAAGCCAGAAGUGGAGAAACGAUUAAUGUCAGAGGUCGCGGCAGGAUGGGAAUGGGCCUGUCGCCACCAGAAGGGUCUGUUCUCGCCCUUAUUGGACUCUGAGGAUCCCUUCCGCGUUCGAAUGGAAUACGCCCCCACUGACAAGAAGGCACGUCAGAAGAGCUAUAAGGUCGCAUCGUAUCUCUUUACACCCCACGUUAUCUGGAUCGAAUUCCUAUCCAGUCGGUUCCAGGCAACACGUUAUAAUAACCGUGACAUCAUUGAUACCUUCACACGUCUGCUUCAGCUCACAUUCGGUAAUGGUUACAAGAUGAGUACCCAUCCGUUGGCAAGAGAGGGUCGAUUCCAACUGCUACUCUUGGGUCUCCGCCUUCUUCAAAACAAUCGGCUAGAGGCUCUAAUUGAAUAUAAACUUCGAUCAGUUUUGUACCUAUCUGCUCUCACCUGGUUCGAGUUGGCUCCAAGGUGGUCGUUCGGAGGCAACAAAAUGCUAAGCAAGGCUGAAACCAGGGUUAUGAAAGAAUUUGGGGUGGCACUAGACCAGGAUAAGAUUCUUUUGGACUCCAUUCUUUCUAGCAUGCAGACGACUGGUGAUGGUCAAGCUGGACUUACUACUACAGAUUAUGUCUUUACUGACAAAUUAACCCGUGAUACCAUUGUUCGAAAUCAUACUCAGUCUCGACGUCUGCUCUCUCUGCUGACGGAGAAUGAACUUAACCGCCUGGGUGUAUGGACAACUCCUUUGGUCCAGACCGGUGCCAAUCCUGGUAUCAACACGCACGAAAAGAGCCUCUCGGAGGAAGCCUGGCGAGCCAUGGUCCGAUCUGCAUGGAGUGUUUCUCCUAGUUUGGCAUUCCAAUUAAUGACUCGCUUCAAAAAUGCUGUGAUUCCUAGCGAGCUGGGUCAAUUGCUGGCUAGCGAUCCGUUUGCCGCAGUCAGUGACGCGGAUGCGAUUCAAAUUUUGCUGGGCGAGGGAACAUUCCGCUAUACAGCCACCCAGCUCAAGUAUUUGUUAUUCUGGCAGCCUGUGCCAUCUAUUACCGCCAUUACAUACUUCCAACCAGCAUUCCAUAACAAUCCAAUGGUACUGCAGUAUGCAAUGCGUUCGCUUGAGCAUUCACCUGUGGAAGUAGUCUUUUUCUAUGUUCCUCAAAUUGUACAAGCACUACGCCAUGACGACCUUGGCUAUGUGGAAAAGUACAUCAUGCGCGCCGCUCGUGUAUCUCAAUUGUUUGCGCACCAGAUUAUUUGGAACAUGAAGGCGAACAUGUACCGAGAUAAUAAAUGCGAAGUUCCCGAUGUACUCAAGCCGACGUUAGAUAGAAUAAUCGACAAUAUCGUGAACGGUCUGUCAGGAGAAGCUAAGAGCUUCUACGAACGCGAGUUUGCUUUCUUCAACCAAGUCACGUCCAUCUCUGGAACACUGAUGCCGCUUGUAAAGAAGACGAAACCCGAGAAGAAGAAGAAGAUCGAUGAAGAGAUGGCCAAGAUUGUAGUGGAUGUGGGCGUGUAUCUACCUAGUAAUCCUGAAGGUGUAGUUGUGGAUAUUGACAAGAGGUCUGGAAGGCCGUUGCAGAGCCACGCUAAGACGCCUUUCAUGGCCACGUUCAAGGUCCGCAAGAAUCGCGAAGAGUCAACAUUGGAUAAAGCUAUCAUGAAGCGAGGUUCUGCUGAAGAGGAACAAGAGGAGCAGAUCCCAAAAACAUAUGAUGUCUGGCAGUCUGCCAUUUUUAAGGUUGGAGACGAUUGCCGACAAGAUGUUUUGGCUAUCCAACUGAUUGCAGUCUUUAAGAACAUCUUCACAAGUGUCGGAUUGGAUCUUUAUCUGUUUCCUUAUCGUAUUGUUGCUACAGCGCCUGGCUGUGGUAUGAUUGAUGUGAUCCCGAACUCGAUCUCCCGUGAUCAACUUGGUCGUGAAAAAGUCAACAAUCUGCAAGAUUACUUUAUCACCAAGUAUGGCGGCAUUGACUCAAUUGAGUAUCAAAAAGCACGUAACAACUUUAUCCAGUCUGUUGCCUCCUACAGUGUCAUCUCGUACUUACUUCAGUUCAAGGAUCGACACAAUGGUAACAUUAUGAUUGACGACGAAGGUCAUGUCAUUCAUAUUGAUUUCGGUUUCAUCUUGGAUAUCUCACCCGGAGGAAAUAUCAACUUUGAAUCUUCACCUUUCAAACUGACAUCAGAGAUGAUUCAGAUUAUGGGCUCAAGUGUAGAGGAUCAAGGUUAUCGAUGGUUCUGUGAGCUGUGCGUCAAGGCAUUCUUGGCUUCUAGACCCUAUGCGGAACAAAUUAUGCAGCUGGUGGCAUUGAUGCUCGAGUCUGGUCUACCCUGCUUCCGAGGCGAAACUAUUAAACGAAUGCGAUCCCGAUUCCAGUUGGAUCGAUCAGAGCGUUCUGCAGCUGAGUUUAUUCUUGAGAGGGUUGAUGAAUCCUAUCUGAAUAAGCGUACCGUUCUCUAUGACUCGUUCCAGAAGGCAACCAAUGGCAUCCCUUACUAA